AUGAGGAAACUGAUGAAGAGGAAGAAGAAGAAGAAUAGCCAGAAAAACGGCAGUACCAUGUUCCAAGAAAAUGUCAGGAGAAAGGAAACGGGGGAGGAGGAAUCGGCGGCGGCAACGGCGGCGAUGUGGGAUUUGGGGAGCCCGCUGUUUGAUUCCCACGAAGUGGUGUCGGUCAGCCAUUUGAUCGACCGCCACCUGAUGGCUCUGCCGUCGUCAUUGGGCGACGGCGGAUCGAAACAGCUCAGUAGAAAGUUCUCCUCGGCGACGUCGGGCCGCAGUCAGGCUGUAGUUGUACCGGCUCCACUUUCUCCAACUCGCUCCACCGGAGGGCGGGAUAAUGAUGAAACUAUUGCCGUUGCUGGAGGCGGCGGCGGCGGCGGUUCUUCUGAAGAUCGUCGGACGAUGGUGGGUGGGAUGUUAGGUUUCGUGGGCAAGAAGCUAAGGAAAAGAAAUGAGAAGAAGAGAAAGAAGAAAAUAAGUAGGAGCGGGAAGGAAGGUAAGCAGCAGCGGUCGGCCAAGGCAGCCCAGCACAAUGAUGACAUGAACAGGUUUGAAUUCGAUUGCCACCUCUUAAGAGUUUCUUUGCCGACCAGAUUUCCUCUUGUGCUGGCAUUCUGCAAGUCCGGAACGAAUCAACUCUUGGCCCUCGUCUCAAGACGUUACCGACUUCAACUGGCAUCGUCAAGUUCCAUGGACUGCUGA